AAUGACUUAAACAGUUCAUAAUGAGCCGGUAUUAAAUAAAAACAAUGCUCAGUGUUGUGAUAGCCAGUGAUCGGAGAACGCGCAACGCGGCAUCAUGCGAUUCCUUGUAUUCAUCUUUGUGGUGCUGACAGUACUAGCGGUUUGUGGACUAGCAUCACCCUUGCCAGCGCGAUUUGAGGGAGACACAGAGUUACAACGGCCGCCCCGUACACCACAGUUCAUCAAGGGACAGAAAGGGAGCAGAGUUCCUGACCCCCUCAAUCUACGUAAAGGCGAAUAUAUUUGCGGCAACAAAAUAUGCAGUCUGAAGCCAGGAGAGAUACCCCCCAACUGUGGGGGGGUGUGCCAGUAUAAAAUAUUUAAAUAAACUUAGAUAGUA